AUAAUCGUUUGCCAUCUUAACGUUGUGCAAUAGUAAAGAAAAAACAAAAUAUAAAACAAAAAGAAAAAAAAGCAAAACAAAGGCCCAAACUAUUAUAAAGUUUGCAACAAUAGAACAGAAGCAAGAUUGUAUAUUAUACGCAUACGUGAGCGCGCACACACGCACACUGACACACGCAUAUACACACAAAAUAAUAAAAGACAUUAAGUGAAACUUAAGACAACUCGGUAUUGUGUGCGUAAUCAUCAUCACUACUUUAUCUUGUUUCCUUUCAUUCUCUGCUAACAAACAGCUCUGCUCUUUUUCUCUUUCACUCUCUUUCUCUCUUGCACUCUCUCUCUCUCUCUCUCUCUCUCUCUCUCUCUCUCACUUUCUUUCUCUUUCUCUCUUAGAAGCGUACACAAUCAAGUUAUUAUCUUUUUCUAUCUAUCUUGUCGCGUGUAUAAGUGUGCGUGUGUAUUUGUGCGAAGCAAAAACCUUUCAAGUCACAACGAAGCAACAUCAUAAAAUGGCUCCAUUUAAAUUAAAAUUCCGUAUGGGGAGCUCACGCAGUACAUCACAAGAACAUGAACCGGAUCCUCAGGUAAACGAAGCAUUAUUAACACAGCAUACAGCCGGUGGCAUAGGUGCAAGCACGUCAACCAUCGAUUCGGUCGAUUGUAAUAGUUUGGGUAACACCAGUGAACGUAAAUUAUUGUUGCCCAAUAAAAGCAACAAUUUACGCAUGGGUUACUUAAAUCAAAAUCAAGCAACAAGUGAAACAAAUUUACCACCACAGCAACAAAAACAACAAGAACCACCACCUAGCCCACCACCGACCUAUGAAUUUGUUUUAGAAGAGCAACGAUACUUAACCACUAAUGAUGACGAUACUUGCCAAAACAGUCAAACAACAUUGCUUGAGCAAUUCAAUCUAAACGAAAUACCAUGUAAUGAUCCAAAUUGUCAGGAGAAUUACGGUUUACAAGGAGGAAAUAGCAACGAAUCGCAGCCACAAAUCGAUAGAGAAAACGAAGGUCAAUUAUAUAUAAUACCGAAGGAUAACGAGCAACGUGAACGUAAAUUGGAAGCAGGAAUAAAUUGUAAUUUAGCAUUGAAUCCACUUAGCGAUCUUGAAGAUCGCAAAGAAUCAAUUGAUUCACAAGAAUUUCUAUUAUCAGCCAAUAAUAUGACAGAUAACACAGUCGUCACGGAUCAAGGGGAAUAUAUAGAGAAUUGUACGGACAUGGAUUGCCCUGAAUAUUUGGAAGCAACAGCUGCUGCGGCUGCUGCCGCUGAAGCGGCCAACAAUUAUUCACGCUGUCAUAGUCGCAAUGAAGGCGGCAGCGGCGGUGGUGGCGGCAAUAAUCAUCUACAACGAGGUGGAGAAUUUCCUGACCCACUUAUGAAUUACAAUGGCUAUUGUAAUGAUGUUUCCCACCAUUGCGAUGAUGAAAAUUCUCUUAAUGAGCAGCAACAUCAUGCUUGGGAUCCCAAUCAAGCCAGCUGUUCAAUAACACAUCACCACAACUCACACAUGGAUGAUGAACAUCAUCAUCAUCAUCGUCAUCAUCAUCAGCAACAACAACAACAUCAUCAUCAUCAACAACAGCAACAGCAACAUUCAUCAGCCGCGUAUCACACCCAACAACCAGAACGUUCAUUAACACCGGAAAUUACCAGCAACAAAUCCUCAAAAGAGAUCUACAAAGAUUUAGCCAAACAAUGGGGCAUCACGUGUAAAAUGUCAGACGGAUGUCGUUGCAUGGAAUGUCAAAGUCAUUACUUCGAUUGUGAAUUUGAAGAAAACGAACAUCAGAAAACAGACGGCGGCCUCGGAGCGGGUACGCCGAUGUUUAUUAGCGAAGUAAUGCACGGUUCCGCCUGUAAUAUUUUGUAAGCGAAGCGCAACACGGAAACGCGAGAUGAAACAAAAAACACAAAAAAAAACAAAAAAAUGAAGGAAUCAUCAAUAGCUUAGAAAGCAAACCGUCAGCAAGAAAAGAAUAAAAAAACGAAAAUAUUUGAUUAAAUUGUACAAUAUGAUAUAUACAUAUAUA